AUGGACACAAAUUUUUUCUUCCAGAUUGGUGUUUGUGCUGGAAGUGAUUCAUAUUACCCAUGGGCAGCUUUGGUGGUAGGAUGGGGUGCAGGAUUCACUUACCUGUGCCUGCACUUCCUAAUGCUGAAAAUAAAAGUUGAUGAUCCCUUGGAUGCCAUUGCUGUGCAUUUUGGUGGAGGAUUCUUUGGACUUUUAGCUGUUCCCUUCCUCAUGAGGAAUGGAAUCUUUUUCAAUCCUUCACUUGAAGCAGCAAUAGUUCUGCUUUGGAAUCUGAUUGGAGCUGCAGCCUUCAUUACUUGGUCUGGAGGACUGUGUUUCAUUCUCUUUGCCACCCUGAAGUUGAUGAACAUGCUUCGAGUGCCAAGGGAAACUGAGCUCAGAGGCAUGGACCUAAUAAAGCACAACGAGCCAGCGUAUCCGCAAACAGCGUGGGAAGAAGCGGAAACAGGUCCUUAUUCUUCAGCGGCCAUAGCCGUGACCGUUGCCGCCAACGAUAAAUUCUUUCAACAAAUCCUCAUCACUGAACAGAUUUACAGCGGUUUGUUAUCGAAGGAAGACUCAAGUGCAGAUUGUAAGAGGAUGAUGCGUGAACGGAAAUAUCCUAUGAGCUUAGGAGCACUGCGAGAACUUGCGGAAAGCGAGGAUCCAGCCACAGUUUUCGCGGUGAUCAAUGAAAAGUCCGGAUUUCCCUUAGCUUUAGAAGAUGAACGGCUGAUAGAUAACUCCGAAAGAAUGCUGUACAUUUUGAAAGUUCUGUGCAAGGCAAUGGAGUUGCACGGAUUUGAAUUCACCGUUGGCAGAGUCAUUUCAUUGAUAUUGCACUCGAAGUUCCUCGACUCAUCCUUGUUACAGUUCAAUUUGUCAACUUUAAUGUCAAUGUGUAAUUCGAAGCCCACGGAUGUUCGGGACAUUUUGCGAUGCGAAAUCGCAUUGUUUGACUUGCUUGUCAGACGUUGUCCUGCGGACAAGGCCAUGAACGUCGAAGCCUGUGUUAAUUCAGUGAAGAUGGUUGUCCUCGACCUGGAGAAUAUUUUGGGUGCGGAUAUCGAACUGGGGCCUACGUUAAACCGAGUCCGUGAGAAUCUGACAAUUCUUCGCAGAACUGUCGAAAAACCAGGUCAUUCUAUAGAUAAAAGGAAUGCCUUUCGAGGUAAAAGUCAUUUGGAUGAAGCUCCUGAAGACUUCCGCACAUUAUCGGUUCUUCCGACUUUGGAUGAUCUUUUGGGCAAUGAGGAGCCGUUCUUGCGUUCAAAUAUCUCGAGUGGUCGAUAUUUGAACGCUGACCACUACCUAGACGUUCAAUUCCGCUUAAUGAAAGAAGACUUCAUGAAGCCGUUGCGAGAAGGAGUUGCAGAGGUGAUGAAAGGAAUGGAAAACAAGUGUGAUAUAUUCGGUGCUCGGCGCAAGAUUCAAGAAGUCAGAAUUUAUGAAAAAGGAGUCAUUACUGGAACGGAUUACGACCGAAUUGGAGUCACUCUCGAAUUGAAAUUUUCUCUGAGAAAUUUGGGCCGAGUGGAAUGGAAAAACAGCAAACGGCUUAUAUUUGGCUCUCUGCUAUGCUUGACAAAUGACAAUUUUAAAAGUGUGCUGUUUGCCUCUGUCGCGGAACGAAACGUGGAUGAUUUGAAGCGUGGGAUCAUAAGGAUACGUCCUGAAAGCAGCAAAUUUGAUCUCAAUGCAUGGACAAGAGGUCCGGAAUUUUUGGUCGUAGAAAGUACUGCAUUUUUCGAAGCAUACCGACACGUAUUGUCUUCUCUACAAAUGAUUUCUUUGGAUCAAUAUCCGUUGAAGAAAUACGUCGUGGAUUUGAAAAGAAGCAUGUCUCUGCCGAAAAAUAUUCUGGAUCAUCAGGAUAGUGAGUCACAAGUUUUUCCGUUGAAAUGUAAGGGCAGGCAAUGUAUUGUAAAUCCGUUCACGGACCAGUGGCCAGAACCAGAAGAACUUGGGCUGGAAGAAGCUCAGUUUCGUGCAUUCAAAGUUGGUCUUUGUCACGAGUUCGCCAUCAUUCAAGGUCCUCCAGGGACUGGUAAAACGUUCAUCGGCUUGAAGCUUGUUGAGACGAUCCUGUACCGCCGAGAAAAAUACAACAUUGUAGACGACGGACCGAUCCUAGUAGUUUGUUUCACAAAUCACGCCCUGGAUCAGUUUUUGGAAGGAAUUAGUCGUUUCACACGAAAAAUUCUACGAAUAGGAGGACGUUCCAAGAGUGUUUUGCUUGCGCCAUUCACGGUCCGAAACGCGCGUUUGUUGCAAUCGAAACAAAAUGCAUUCGCAUUGCAAGCGAGUCCUGAUAUGAAGGACCAGUUGAAUAAUCUGGAAAAACGGCUGGGGGAAUUCGAAAGCUUGAAGAAGGGCAUAUCGUCAGGAGCUGGGAUCUUAGCACUUCAGACACUGCGGUUCUACGGCAUAGAAAUUCCGUCUUGCUUCCCUUCGAAUUUCAGCCUGGCGAAAUGGUUGAAUUUUUUACCGUAUGCCAAGAUGUCUGAAAAUUUCUUUCAUGAAAUUCUCGACAAGGAGAAAAAUCUUCUGUUUGCUGAAGGGAAGAUCACGACAAGAUUCCCGACUGAGUAUAAGGGGAAUUACGCGAACAACGACCAUGACGGGGUGGCUGAUGCUGUAGACUUGGACAUCGACGACGAAGCUACGGCUGAAGCGCAUCGUCGAGAAAUUGAAUCGAUCUAUGAUACUGAUCGCAAUGCCACACCCUCCAUAACUGCUGAGCGAGCAAGUGAGAGUAUCCGGCGUCACUGCGAAAUCAGCAUUAUCAGCAUUGAAAACGCUGUAGCUCAAGCAAAGAUGGAUGUGCAGAAAAUCGCGGAUCUGCUUGAUGACUUCUACAACCCUUAUAAUGAGAGCAUAUCUUUGUUCCCGUGGGAGGGAAGCUCCCGGAACGGAUAUGCUGUACCACGACCUCAAGACCUGAUGGAAGCUGAAUGGCGGUUAGAAAACUGGUCAAUGAUGCGUUUUAAGAUGGAAGAAGAUUCAGUAUUUCUUAAAGUCCCGGCAAACUUGGACCUCGUUGAACCGCCUGAAAAAUUAGUCGGACCGAAAAUAAAUUGGAUCAACGCCCGCCUGGAAAACCGGUGGUUGAUUUACCGGUAUUGGGCAAACCGAUUUGUGCGGAUUGUACAAAGCAAAAUUGAUGCUUCACUGGAGGAGUACAGGCAGCUGGUUGAAAGAUACAAGGAAGCCCAAGAUGGAGACCUAAUACAGUAUGCUCGGUCUUUGGACAUCGUUGGAAUGACGACGACUGGAGCUGCUCGGAACAUGUCUCUCGUGCACAACAUGAGAUCAAAAAUUCUCGUGGUCGAAGAAGCAGCUGAGGUUUUGGAAUCGCAUAUCGUGUGCUGUCUGACUUCUCAUUGCGAGCAUCUGAUUCAGAUAGGGGAUCAACAGCAACUGAGGCCCACAACAACUGUGUACGAUCUCGCCAAAAACUACGGACUGGAUGUGUCUUUGUUCGAGAGAAUGGUCAAGAACCGCGUGCCGUACGCUCGUUUACGACAGCAGCAUCGGAUGAGGCCGGAAAUAUCAAACUUGAUCAAGUUGAAUGUCUACGAAGAUUUGCAAGAUCACGACAGUGUCACGCUCUAUGACGACGUUCUUGGCGUGGCUAAGAAUGUGUUUUUUAUUGAACACAAUGCUCCAGAAGAAUCGAAUGAGGACCUGAAGAGCAAGAGCAACGAAGUCGAGGCUGAGUUUUUGCUUUCGUUGUGUCGUUAUCUUUUGUUGCAAGGAUACGAGCGUGAACAAAUCACAAUUCUGACCGGGUACUCGGGACAACUUUUCGUCUUUAAAAAGUUGAUCGCUGACUUCCCGACGUGUGAAGACGUUAAAAUCUCACUGGUUGACAGCUACCAAGGCGAAGAAAACGACAUUAUUCUUUUAUCCCUCGUGAGGAGCAACCUUGAAGGAAACAUCGGGUUUCUCAAGACAGAAAAUCGAGUUAAUGUUGCUUUGUCGCGUGCGAAAAAGGGAUUGUUCAUCAUUGGGAACAUGGACGCGUUGGUUUCUGCUAGCGAACUGUGGAGGAAGAUAAGAGAUGUGUUGGUGAAGGAAAACCAGAUUGGAAAAGCGUUGCCCCUACGUUGUCAAAAUCACCCGGAUCAGGUUAUUUCCGUCUCCAAAUCCAGUGAAUUCCCUGUCACUGGUGGUUGCACCAAAAUGUGCAAUAAAGUAAUUGACUCAUGCGGCCACUUGUGCCAACGACCGUGUCACGUGAAGGACAAGACCCACGAAAGUGAAGAAAAUUUAUGUCAGCAGCCCUCGAUGUGCUCUGAAGAUCCUUGUCCACCAUGUAAAGAGCCGAUCACGGAGUUAUUGUUGACGUGCGGCCAUACUGUGAUGAAAACCUUGUGUCACCUGCUGGAAGCAGGUGACGUGAUUUGCGAAGCCAAGUGCGAGAAAACCUUGAAAUGCGGUCACCGAUGCCAAAGAAAGUGCCAAGAACCCUGCGGAGAUUGUCGCGUGAAGGUGCAGAAAAUAAUCCCUGAUUGCUCACAUUUCGUAAUAGUGGAAUGUUCCGAAGUUUCUGAAAAUAUCCAUUGCCAGAAGAAGUGUGGGAAGGUAUUGACUUGCGGACACAAGUGUGCGGAGAAGUGUUCCAGUAGCUGCACGACGAGAUGCACAGUCAUGAUGGACAUUGCUGGAAAGGACGGAAGGUGCGGUCAUCAAGUGAGACUACCCUGUCACAUCAUCACCAGUGGCAAAAUAUUGUCGAUGGAAGAGGAAAUGGAUUACUGCGAUCAUCCCUGUGGGUCACUUCUGUCCUGCGGACACGUGUGCUCUGGAAAAUGCUCCGAGUGUUUUCAAGGCAGGAUACAUGUGCCUUGCGAUGAGCCGUGCGAACGCAAACUCGUCUGCGGACAUGUUUGUAAGGCUGCUUGCGGGUUCAACUGCCCGCCCUGCAGAGAACCGUGUGGUCAUUCGUGUCCUCAUUCUCCCUGUGCUGAUUUGUGCUCGGAGCCUUGUUCUCCUUGUUGGGAGGAAUGUAAAUGCGGUUGUCGCCAUCACAAGCCCUGCCAAAGGAAAUGUUUCGCGGAGUGUGGCAGAAGCGACGACAAAUGCAACGAACCGUGUGAAAAAGUUCUCGGCUGUCGGCACAAAUGCGUUGGACUCUGCGGAGAAAUCUGCCCUCCUUGUCGGGAGUGCACAGGAGAUACAGUGGCAUUUUUUGACUUGGCCAAGAAUGCAGUCAACAACGAACCCGAUGCCAGAUUCAUCGUGCUUGUGCAAUGCCAACACGUGUUUGAAGUUGACGGAUUGGAUCGUUGGAUGCGAAUGCCGAUGGAAAUAAUUGGACCUAAAGUCUGUCCGCGAUGCGAAACACCGAUUGUUCUUUCUCGCCGCUACAAGGAGGAGGUCAACUUUGCUCGCAGGAAAGUGACGGCUGGUGGCGACGGUUCAGGACAUAGUCCUUUCCUGCUUGCGAAAGGGAAGAAAAAACGGACCAUGGAAAAGAAACAAUUGGAUGGAAUACAAGCUGACAAUAUUUGCAACCGAAUCGAUCUUCUUGGAGCACUUGCCUCUUUGAUUUUGGAUUUGAAUCCUUCAUUUUACACAAGCUGGUUGGAUUCAAGAUUGCGCAAGGUGGCAAGAUCCGUGAUAUCAAGAAAGGACAAGUUGAAUGGGUCAGAUUUAGAAGCUGUUUCGGCAGAAAUCCAGCGUUUCCGAUUCUUCAUAUUACUGGACGCUAUGCGAAGAAAAACUCACAAGCUUGAGGAGAAGCUGUUCAUUUCUCAAUUUGUGAACAAAUUAUCCGAUGUUGACAUUUUCACGGAAGCGAAGGAAGCCGAAUCCAGAAGACUGUUCAGAGAAGCCGAAUAUCCUUGUGAUAUUGCAGAAGAAAGAUUGGCUCUGUAUCCCACGGCUUUUGAGCAGGGCCUCUGGUACGCGUGUCCCAACGAACACGUAUAUUCUGUUAAUGCAGACUCCGGAAUUUCUGGGCAACAAACCAAGUGCCCUGAGUGCAGAUAUGAUGGGUCAUCAAACAGCGUAACGUUCGAAUUGGACAAUACCAGAGGUUCUGCGGCUGCAGCUGCGUGGUUCGAAGACUACACUAGCGUUGCCAACUUGGACGGUUUUACUGUUACUGAUGCUGAGGACUUGCUGAAUCCGAUAUUUGAAUGGUAAACAUAAUCGGAUAAGAUCGCGAUGCUCUUCGACUUCAGGGCUCCAAAUGAUGGGGAAACAAUUAUCUGUAUAGUGAUCCUCUGAAGGAAUUUCAAGUUUAUUUAUGGAGAUGAUGGUGGGGGAGAAUAUAUACAAUUGAACCUCUCUAAGUUGAAUUUCUAUAGGAACCAGGAAAAAAAUUAGGUUUUGAGUGAAGGAAACGAAUAUUUUUGCUGCAAGGAUAACUGGAAAUUGCAGGUGAGGAUAU